CGCAGUAUUAGAUUACCACCUCGACGUCAACAACGAGCAUCGUGUGUUAUUGGCAAAGUCUACCACGGUGCCACAGCAGCACACCAGUGAACCUGUCGGAUGUAACGAAUCGAUACACGUUGCGCCCGAAAUUUCCAUAAAACCAUAACCACCCUCCACGUGAUCGUUAAAUUCACCGGAAAUCAUUUCGAUCAUGGAUACUAUACUGGCCACUGAUCGCGGAAAUUCCGCUACUAUCGACGUUGGCAAAGGUCAGACGAACUUCGCGAAAGAUGUGCCGAAAAUCUCGAAGUACACGCUGGCGGAUACAACGGCCCCGAAAAAUAUCGGCAUGGAUUACCACAUUCAAGUGAUCACGAAAGAUGACAAACUUCGGAUACUAAAAUUCCUCAGGCGGUUCUUCUUCAGGGACGAACCGCUUAAUCACUCGAUCCAGCUGAUACCAGAGAGCGAGGACAGCACCUGCCUCGAGUUGGAGGAAUAUUGCAGCACGUCCUCGAUGGAAAACAAUCUCAGCGUGAUGGCGGUUUCGACGAGCAGCACUAUAGUAGGGAUCGCGUUAAAUGGAAAAAUGGAACCUGCGAGCGAGGAGGAACCGGAAUACAUCACCACCUGCAAAAAUCCGAAAUUUCAGAAGAUCCUCAGGCUAUUGCACCACGUGGAUAGAAACGUGACCCGUGACGGACAGUUCCGAGGGUUGAAUGUCCUCGAGGUUAGGAUAAUUUCUGUGGACACCAACUGGAGGGGCAAAGGUAUCGGCAAAGCUCUUAUGGAGAAAACGACUGAAAUCGGAAGGGAGAAUGGAUUUCAUAUUAUGCGCGUUGACUGUUCGUCCUUCUUCUCUGGCAAACUUUGCGCGGGAUUGGGCUUCGAACUGAUAUAUAAGCUACCGUACGCAGAAUAUUUAGACGAAGACGGUAAACCUAUAUUUUCACCGGCACUUCCGCACACGGCAGUUGUUACGUAUAUUAAGAAAUUGUGAAGCAUAGCGCAAUCUGUAUUCAACGUCGUGUACCUGCUUAGUUGUUCAGGAUUACUCCGCAAAACCAGAAACGUACUCUUAAUGAACACAUACACUAUUAUAUAUGUACACUCGCUGGCUACUCGACGAAUACGUUCCUUUCUAUAUAUGUAUCUUUUCUAAUGUCUCUAUUUAUUUAUUACCAGACUGCGGAUGUGUAUGUGCUAAUGCAUAGUAGGGCUAAUUUAUACUAAUUCGACUUGAAUAAACAUUUAUCUGCUCUCCUAAGGGUUUUA